AAAAAUCAGAUGUUACGGUAUUUAUUAUAAUUGCAAUCUGUGGUUUUAACUUUCAUUAGAUUUGAUCUUGUAAUAAAAAUCAAAUCUGUGAAUUUGCCCUUCUAAUUAUAGUUAGGGUUUACCGUGAAUUUAGUGUAUCAAAAAAACUUAAGUUAUUAUCAUUAGUGUUAGAGUAAUUUAGAGUUAUUAGAAAUGCGAUCCAGAAAGAUGACAUAUAGGGAUAGAUCUCCAUUAGGAAGGAGAAGGGAUAAUAAUGAUAGUAGAAGACCAGAUCACUAUCAUAAUCGUCGCGGUGUUGCUGAUGAUGAAGGUGAACCUCGAUAUAAUGAUCGAAGUCCACUGGCGAGGCGUGAGGUGAGGAGAUUGAGUUCUGAAGAUAGAUUUAAUGAUCGAAGUCCACUGCCGAGGCGUCCUCUGAGGAGAUUGAGUACUCCUCCUGAAUCUGGGAGAAUUGUAUUUCGGGGUGGUCGAAGCAAUUCUCCUCCUCCUCAGAAUAAUAUCAGUAGAGGUGGUUAUACGAGGCGUUUUGAUGGGGAUAAAGAAGAUGAUGAGAUUGUUGGUGCGAGGGGAAGUGUGCGCCAGCAGCAGCAGCCAUGGAAUCGUUCAGAUUUGGAUGAGAAAGUUUCACAAAGAGGGGGUUUGUCGAUGGAAUACAGGCAUGUUAAUGAUGAGGUGAAUCGUAGUUUGAAGCAAGUGGGUGAAUCUAAGAAUUCUAUGCAAAGAUUUCGACAUGAAAAGGAAUAUCAAGGGAUCGGUUCUUCGUCAUUUGAUGGGGGGAAGAGUAUGUUAGUUCCGAAACCUAUGUACUUUGAGGAUGGGACUGUUCGGACAUUCUUUGCACUGCCUCCAGAAGGCAGUAAAAAUAGAGACUUUCUGCCAUCGUCGUCUGGAAUGACAAAUGUUGGUCUUCACAAGGAUGAAGAACUUCGGUACAGAGAUCAAAUACAUUCGAUGAAGAUGCCAAUGAGAGAAACUUUUGGUGAAGCCAAACCCGUAUAUGAUGAGCAACACUACAGUGUGCAAAUGCAUCCAAGUAGGGUACAUACAAGGGAAUCUUAUGAUGAAGAACUGAAACCUGUGUUAUAUACAAGGGAUGCUGCUUAUCCUGUGGCGCCAGUUUCUCAGUCCAAGACCUUCGGUACUUCAUCAUUAAGUUUCGGGAAAGAAGAUGGCGUAGGUUCACGUCUUCCUGUAGAAGGAUAUGGCAAGGGCGUUGGAAAUUUUGUGGACUCUUUAGGGUGUGAUGCAAACAUUUCUGCAUCGCAUUCUGACCCCACAAGAGAUAAAAAAGAUCCAGCAUACUACCAGCGGGGUGUGCAUAGUCCUCUCAGGCAUGAGCAUCAGGAUUAUUACCACCCUGAACUAGGAAGAAGAAAGAUUAUUGACUCAGGAUACUCGGGGGAUGAGUUAUAUAGAAAGAUGCCAUCAGCAACUCAAGGAGAUUAUCGUAAUAGAGAGUUGUUACAGCCAAGUUACAUGGAUCUUGAUUCAGUUGAUGAGUUCUAUAGAGAGAUGCCACCAACAACUCAAAGAGAUUAUCACAAUAGAGAGUUGUCAAGGCCAAGUUACAUGGAUCUCGACUUUGGAAGAUCCCGCAGAAGUACGAGAGAAAGUGACUUGUUGGAUCAUUAUACUGUACGUGGUGAGCCAGUCUCAGACUACAAUAAUAUCAAGAGGGCGCCAUUAGUACCAAUGCAAGAUAGGGAUUUUUUAGGUUCCAGAAGUAGCCAUCCUGAGAUUGGAACAAGAAUAUCUGGUGGCCGUAAAAUCACAAGUCUGGAACAAGAUUAUGCUUUCGAAAGAGAGGCAAUCUCACGCUCUUACAGAGAAAGAUUAGUAGAGAAAGCAACACCAGAAUUUGAGUCGGAUAUACACGAUCUUAAUUUGAGCCCCCGAAGAAGAUUGAGGAUUGAAGAGUUAGAUAACUAUGACUCGUCUGAGCGGAUGCUCCAAAGGGAUUGCAUCAUGGAGAAGGAGAUGAGUCGGCGUUACCCUGGCAGUACAUUAUCAAGUGGUAGGAUUCUAUCCAGGCGGAUACAUGAGCCCACCAGCAGUGAUAUACGAGGGGAUGGUGCUAAUCCGGGUCGUUUAUCCUUGUCUGAAAGAUUGAACUUUGACCGCCACCAAUAUAGAAAAGGUGGAAAGCCAUACAAAAGACUGACCACCAUUGGAGCGUCUUCGUCUGAUCGCUUCUCAGACCAUGCCCAGCAGCGAACUGGUGGCCAUGUAAGCAUUAAAAAACGAUUGAGAUCUGGUCCUUUCAAUUCACAUCAUCUGGAUGAAAGAAUGGACUCACAUAAAGGGAUAAAAUCUAAAAGAAGAGCCCUGAAUAAUCCGUUUGAUAGUCCGGGUGCAAGCAAUGGUGACGCAGUGGAAGAUGCGUUUACUCUGAAGUCUGACGUCCCUGAAGAUUCGGAGGAGUUUAAGCUUCUGGUACAAAGAGCUUUCCUUCGAUUUUCUAAACAGCUGAAUGAGAACCCAUCUCAGCGAAAGCGAUACUUGGAGCAAGGGAAAUGUCGUGUGUUAUGCAGCGUAUGUGGCAGCCUCUCAAAAGAGUUUCCGGACACACAGAGCUUAGUCAGACAUGCCUUCACGUCUCUCAAGGUUGGAUUAAGAGCAGACCACUUGGGUCUUCACAAAGCCCUUUGCGUCCUGAUGGGGUGGAAGAGUUCCGAGGUACCUGAUGGUAGGUGGUCCCUGCAGGUCUUACCUGAAGCCCAAGCAUUAUCUCUGAAGGAAGAUCUCGUUCUCUGGCCUCCGCAAGUCAUCAUCCAUAACUCUUCUAUAUUGAAUGAGAAUCCAGAUGAAAGAAAGGUCAUAAAAAUUGAAGAAAUGGAGGGCAUACUCAAAGAUAUGGGGUAUGGCGAAGGGAAAACCAAGGUUUGUCGUGGGAAGCCUGCAAAUCAAAGCAUUAUGGUAGUGACUUUCAAUUCCACAUUUUCCGGAUUGCAAGAAGCACAGAGGCUUCAUAACUAUUAUGCAGAUACGAAGCGCGGGAGGGAGGAUUUCUUGCGAAUCAAUUCCAAAAGUGGAGAGAAAAGUGAGGAAGCACAUGGUGAGCUAGCAAAGAAUGUGGGUCACGAUGUCCUAUAUGGGUACAUGGGAACUGCAGAAGACUUGGAUAAGCUGGAUUUUGGGUCAAAAUCGAAGUGUAUUGUGAAGAGCAAGAAAGAUAUCCAGGCCAUUGCAGGUGCUCCUCUCGAAACUGAUUAAGAAGGUAGGUAUGUUUUUUGCUGACUACUCGUAACUCUCUUCCACGUUAAACUACACAAACAUGAAACAACAGCAUCUUUUAAGGCCUGGGAUUCUCUUUUUGGUUGAUCGUAUGAAGAAGUGAAACACUUGCUUACUCUUCUGUCGUCUUAUUUUGGGUAUUCUAUAUACCAGUUAAUCUCUGGUAUGCACAGCUCAAAGUAUAUAAUCUUAUAUUUUCUUGAGAAACAGAUAGGUAUAGCAGAAUAAUACAACCACCUGGUCCAUGACAUUGUUGUUAAUAUAAAGUUUAUUUUGAUGCAUUUCGGAUUUCUUUGCUAUGCAAUAAUAGAGAAAGAGAGCUUUUUCAGUAUGGGGAUAUAUGAAACUUAUAUCUCUAGCAAAGGAGUUAGUGCUGUUUAAUUUCAGGGCAAGUUGUGUUUGUGGGAUCACCAGACAACAACAUAGUACUGAUAAGAUUGUUGGACACUAAUAUUUGAGUUUCAACACUUUCUCCUUGGA